AGGUUUCAGAGCAAGAACGAUUCAAUGGAACACCUUCCGGGUUAGACACAUGUAGUUCUCAGUGGAAGUUUUCAGUGCUGAGAAACAUCCCUUCAAAUAGCGAUGGAUGGUUUUGAAAGGGAUUUAGUUUGUGCUCUAAAAGAAGUUGUGAAUGAUAGUAACUGGCAAUACGUGGGAGUAAAAGAGAUGUUUAAUUCACCCUGCACCAAACUGUAUUCUGAAGAUGGUGAACACGUAGUUCUUGUGCACUCAGAGGAUGGUCGAUUCUGGGCAAUGGAUUCUGCAUGUCCGCACGAAGGGGGUCCACUUGAGCUUGGUGACAUUGAAGAUGUAGGCAAUGGGAAGCUGGCAUUAAUCUGCCCCUGGCAUCACUUUGAUUUCUGUUUGGACACUGGGAGCUCAUCCACCGGACUUCAGAACCAAGUGUAUGAGGUCCGAGAGUUCAGUGGCAAGAUUUACAUUGAAACACAAAGCAGGUUGUCGCUGAGUCCUAAAACCGAGACGGCAGCUGUGCCCUUUGACAGCUUGACACCUAGGCUUCCAGUACCUGUUUGCUCUGAAGAUACACUCUGUUUCUGGGCAGCUAAAAUCCUGUGCACACCUGAGCCCAAAGAGAAGGUGGCGCUGACACACCAGGUUCAGGAGCGGUGGAAUUCUGGGCAGAUUUCCGAAAUCGGGCACGCAGAAGCACCGGAGCAGCCGAGCAGAGAGGAGAGCCUGACAGUGCGGGAGCCAGGGAGGAUCAAACGAGGGAAAGGGGGCACGCUGGCCAGUAGAAUCGCCUUGCUGCAUUCCCUAGCUAACAUCGAGCAGUGGGCGAUAGACCUGUCAUGGGACGUCAUUGUGAGGUUUGCCACAGUGAGGUUACAGAACGGAGAACAGCUGCCUCGGGAGUUUUUCAAUGACUUUGUAAAGGUAGCUGGAGAUGAGGCCAAGCAUUACCAGUUAUUGGAGAAGAGGAUCACAGAGCUAGGCAGCUUCUUCGGAUCUCUACCUGUGCACAAUGGGCUGUGGCAGUCAGCAGCGGACACCUCCCACGACCUCAUGGCCCGGCUGGCAAUAGUGCACAUGGUACAUGAAGCCAGAGGUCUUGAUGUCCACCCUCAGACGCUGGCCCGCUUUGCAGCUCAGAGUGAUGAGAGCUCUGUGAAGAUUCUGGAGGUGAUCUACAGAGAUGAAAUCACUCACGUGGCUGCAGGGCUGCGAUGGUUCACCUACAUCUGUACUAAGGAGAAGCGGGACCAUGUGUCUACAUUUCAUGAUCUGGUGAAACAGCACUUUAAAGGCUACCUCAAGCCUCCGUUUAACAGUGAGGGAAGAAAAACCGCAGGGAUGACUGAAGAGUGGUACCUUCCUUUAGUGAGGCCUUCUUAGUAUGAAUGGAUUUCUGGGUGAAACGCAUGAAGGGAUGAAAGCAUCAAUAUGCAAUUUCCAAAGACAAGCCAAGAGGACCCUUCCUUUCCCUGACACCUCUUCACCGCAGGCAGCCGUGGUUUGUUAGCUACAGCGGGUUAAUCCAGGACUGAAAAAUGGAUUUCAGAGGGAAGUAGAUGACAUUAUGUAUAUUCUGGAUUUUAGAAGGAAUCGUCAGUUUUAAGUUUUAAAAGAGAAUUGGCCUCUUAAUACUGUACUCCCUGCCGGUGCAUGUGUUCAUGUGGGGAAUACUGGGUUGGCAGGGAGGGGAUUAAAUUUCUCCCUGUCAAAACACGUGGGACUGUGGCUGGAGCCGUGAAUUGAAUAAGUGAUUAAAUGAUAAUUAAGGUUCCAGCCACAGGUGUUAGUUAGAAAAAGGACAGGAUUAACGUUGGUAGUAAAGGUGGUGUUCUGUGUUCUGUGUUCACGUCCAUGAGUUUUUGUGUAGACCUUUUGUUUUGACCCUUGUGCCUUUUUAUUUGUUAAUGUGUUUUGUUUAGUGUUUGUGUUUUAUUAUUAAACGUGUGCAUUAGCGCUUGAAACUGCA